AUGAAAAGUAGGCCUAAUAUUGGUUUAUCUCUUUUAUGGAUCGGGAUUUUUUUAGGAAUUCUUGGAGUUCUAUUUGCUUUAGAUCGUUUACUUCUUCUAUUUUGUAAUCUUUUUAUAAGUUCUGGUUUUUUCUUCCUACUUGGCUCCAGUAAAUUCGUUAUUUUCUUUUUAAAGAGGAGAAAAGGCACCUUUUUAUACCUUAUUGGCAUUUCUCUUAUUGUUGUUCCCAUUUACGAAUUAAAUAAUAAAUUUGGUGUGUAUAUUCAGCUUAUUGGCAUCAUUGUUCAGAUUUUGGGCUUCUAUUUCUUAUUUCAUGAAUUUCUUCCCAACCUUAUCUCCUAUCUAAAGCUCACUCCUCUUAAUUCAGUUUUAAAACUCAGAUUUGUCGAUAGAGUGCUCAAUUUCCUCUCACUUAAACAAUUACCAACGUAG